AUGUGGGAAGAUUCGACCACCUUCACAUGUAUGCAUCGAGGCCCCAACUGCCUCCUGGAGCAGCAGGGCACUUCGUGCCCACCGGCCUCAGACGGCCUUGGGGGAGUCUGCCGGGCCACGUGCGGCGACGGGGUGCGAGGCCCCGUGGAGGAGUGUGAUGAUGGGAAUUCUGUUAGCGGGGACGGCUGCUCUGCCACCUGCCAAGUGGAGAGGGGAUUCACGUGCUCCGGUGGUGGCUUGAAGAGCAUGGACACCUGUUGGCCGAUCUGUGGAGACGGCCUCCGAGUGGACCGAACAUACGCGCCUACCCUUGCAGCUGACAAGUUGGAGGGCUGUGACACCGGGCCACUACCCUCGAGAGGCUGCGAUGCCACCUGCCAGGUCCGGGUAGGCUGGACAUGCGCUCGACCACAAGGCCAAGGCGAGGAGGUCUGCGUCCCGGUUUGUGGCGAUGGCAUCCUCUCGACACCCAUGGAAGAAUGCGACGACAUGAACCUGCAGCCAGGCGAUGGAUGCAGUCCAGAUUGCAAGGUGGAGGCCUUCUUCGAGUGCACCUAUGAUGACUUCUGGCUACGCUCCGUCUGUAAGGUGCACUGCGGAGAUGGACGCAAGCACCCGUCCGAAGCCUGCGACGACGGGAACGUCUGGGAUGAGGAUGGCUGCUCCUCCACGUGCGAAUCCGAACCUGGCUUUGAGUGCCUAGGCGGUGGUUUGACUUUGCCGUCAACGUGCACUCCUAUCUGUGGUGAUGGCUAUGAGGUCUUUGGAGAGGGCUGCGAUGAUGGCAAUCAGAUCCCCUGGGACGGCUGCGAUCAGUUCUGUCAGGUGGAGCAAAGCUACCACUGCACCCGUGCACCGAAGCCUGGUCAAUCAGGGGCCGCUUCUGCAUGCUCGCCAACCUGUGGCGAUGGUCUGCUCAACGGCGAAGAGGAGUGCGACGGCAGCUACAGCCCUCUUCCAGGCAACGGAACGGAGCCGCCUGUGCCUUGCUCGAGGUGCAGGCUGUUGGCCGUGGAUGUUUGUGGUGACUUCCGACGUGGUCCAACAGAACAGU